GGGCAGGCCAGGGUUGAGACAGCUCGGCUGUCUCCACAGCCUGGGGUCAGGGAGGCCUGGAGGAAGUCUAGUUCAGCUGAAUCCUCCCGAGACCAGCAUGGCAGGGGCAGUGUAAGGUUACACAGAAACUUCGAGCCUCUCGGAAGAUCUGGACUUUAUUCUGAGGGCAGCGGUUCUGAACUGGGAGGGGCAGCGGCAGAGGUGGCUUUUGCUUGCCUCACGGGCACCUGGCUGGGGACCUCCUUGGGAAGGUCACUGCUGUUGUCCAGGUGCGCGUUGGUGGUGGCACCCCCAGUGGGGGACCGUGGCGCUGGGAAAAGGGUGGGACUUGAGAGGUGUCAGGGCGUGGGAUAGACAGGCCUUGGUUAAUAGUUGCGCAGGGUCAGCGAGAGGGAGGAUUUAGGGUGGUUCCUGGGUUUCUGGUGUGGGCGGCUGGGUAGAUGGUUCCGUCACCGACGGGGCCCAGAAGGGGGAAAGCUGGUAGUGCUCGAAGUUGUCCAAGCGUCCUGGGUGCCUGGCUCAGGUCACAGGUUAUCAGCUCAGGUUGUUGGAACAACUGUUUGAGCGUGUUCUUUGCGCCCUGUCUUGCAGCAGAAGGUCCCAGGUGUGAUGGCAACCAACUCUAAAGCCCAGGUCCCCGCCUUCUCUGCGGCCUGGCCUGGAUCCCUGUGAGUCUGAUUCUCUCUAUCCCUUACCCCUGCCAGCACUCAGGCCUCGCACAGGCACAGAUGUACCCACCACCUGCUGCCCUGUACACGUGGGGACGUGCCCACAGGAGACCUCGCACUCCUACUGCCUAGGAACACAGGUCCCCACCCUGGGCAUGGGCGGCCCCCAUGGGUGCUCCCCUACCCCCACCCCCCAGAGUGCAGCACAUGGGACAGUCUCUCCAGCUGUAGCUUGAUUCUGUCGCCCACCCUGCCUGUGCUAGAGAAAGCCCCACGAGGACAGAGGAGGGGUGGGGCGUGCCCUGUUCUCCCUUCCCCCACACUCAGGCCUUCUGGGCUGGAGAUGGAGCUGAGGCUCCAAACUGAAGUGGCCCUUUGUACAUUGUCCCUGGAGGAUGGGCGAGCUUGGUGGGAGGGGCUGGCACCGCCCGGGCUGCCUGAGCAGGACGGCGCUGAUCUCAGCAGGGCUGGGGAGGAGGGGCGGGGGGCUUUCUCUGGAGCAGUGGAGAGCACCCUGCUAGGUGUGGGUGUGCACUGGCGGGCCUGCUGCCCCAGGCAUCCCCCAAACCAGAUGAUACUUGCCACCGGGAGUCUAGCAUCGCUUCUCCUGCACGUUCCGUCCUCAUUCAACGGCUGUUUAUGGAGCUCCUGCCCCGGGCCAGGCUUUGUCUUAGGGGGUGGGGAGCAGCGGGGAGCCGCGGUGACCGAUGACUGGGGCCCAUGGUGACCCUGCUCUCUUGUUGUUGACAUUCCAAGCCAGCAGGGUGUGGGUGGGGGAGACAGACCACGAACACGUAAACAAGGAGACAGAUGGCUUCCGCAGUGAAGACCGUAGUGGAGCAGAUGACCUGGGAGGGGACAGGCCCUUUAGCUGGCUGGUCAGGAAGGCCCCUCUGAGCAGGCAGCCGGCAUGUGGAGAUCGGAGGGAAGGGCAUUCCAGGUGGAGGGAACAGCCAGUGUGAGGACCCUGAGGCAGGUGAGCCUGGGGUGUGGAAGGGACGGGAAGGCAGAGACUAUGGCUGGACCCAAGGGAACAAUGGAGACGAGGUCGGUAAAGACGCAGGGACCGGAUGGCCAGAGCCUGUGGGUGCACAAAGGCGUUUGAAUUUUAUUCUGAGUGUGAUGAGGGGUUUGCGCAGAGGGACGUGGCCUGAUGGGGAUGUGCAGUGACAGAGCUUGUGGGACUCAGUGCCAAAUGAAAAUGUAGGGUCCCCUGUCCAAAAAUUAAGAAUUUCAAGACAGGAAAAAAAGGGGGGGGGGCGGGUGAGGGGCAGUGAGGAGGAGUAGAGGCAUUUUGGAGGGAGGUGCCAACAGGCCUGGCAACACCCCAGCCGGGCCAGCCAGGCAUGUGGAGAGGCUGUGUGGACAGCGGGCACGAACGUCGGGCUAGGAAUGCGGAAAAUUGGUCUCUGUCAAGGCUCUUUGGGUGUUACCCCAUUUAAUCCUCAUGGAGUAAGGGGCUGGGACCAUCCCACAUUGCAGUCGGGGGCUCCGAGGUCCAGGGAUAUUAAGUGAGCUGCCCAGGAUCACACAGGGGGUCGAGAAGACGCAGCGGCCGGAUUUGAAUGCCGUGCCCCUGGAGUCCGGAUUCCAGGGAGCGGCUGCCCCAUUGCUCUGUCAUCGAGUGUUCUGUGUCCUGAGAGAUGGGGCGGGGGCCCAGGGGGGCUGCACCCCACACCACGGCAGGCCCAGGAAUGAACUCCCCGCUCUCGUGGAGGCAGAAGGUGCUCGGCCCCGACCUGACUGGCCUUGUUCUUCCUCACCGUGAGCCUGGGAGUUGUGGGUGUUGUGAUUUCCAUUCCACAGAUGUGGAGACGGAGGCAAGGCAAGGCUGGUCUCAGCCCCUGAGCGGGUCUGCUCUGGCUGCCCUCUCGUCCUGACGGGCCAAGGUGGGCCAUUUGGGUCCGGAAGGCCGAGUGGCUGGGCGGUGGACCAGGAGCUGCAAGCCCGAGGCUGAUGCGGGCUCCUGAGCAGGCUGGGGUUGAGGCGACCCCCGUAGCACCCCCUCUCUGGGAGGCGAGGGCUAAGGAGGACCAUGGAGAGGCCAUUCCUGACACAGGGAACUGGUACCUUGCCAGGGAUGGACUUGGACCUGGAGCCAGGCUGUACAGUAGCUGUAUGGGGGUGUUCUCUGAGCCCUCUGAUUUCUCAUCCGUGGCCAGCCUCUGCUCCCACCCCCACAGGGUGGAGCGCUGGGCUCCCAUGCAGGCAAACGGUCCAGGUUCUCUGAUAAGCAGAACUGGAUUCAGAGUUGGGUCCAGGUCCCCCAGCGGCUCUCCCCACCCCCCAGCCCCCUCUUUGUUGGAGACGCUGGGUCCCAGCCGUGGAGCGAGGUUGCUUCCGGCCCCUCCUGCAGGUACCUCCACGUCCCAUCCUUGUCCCACCGGAUGUGCUCGACAGCCUCUUGUGAGUCAGGCCACAGUUCACGGUGACCUUCUGGCCAGAGAGGGAGCAGGGCGAGACUCCAAGAGGACUUGGGCUCGCGGCUUCCUGAGCGCCGGGCACCGACAGGCCCCCCACCUGUGAGAUGGAAACCACGGCACCCCCACCUCCGCAGCUUCUGGCUCUGGGGAGGGGCUCCCGCAGGGCGCGGCUGCCUCCCCCAGCCACUUGGUUACCUGUUUGUACCUCGUAGAUGAGGAGACUGAGGCCCAGGGAGGUGAGGCCACCCUGCUGGGAAGAGGUGGAGCCAGGAAACCAGCCCCGGUGAAGGGCAGAGCUGGGGCCAGGCCAGGCCAGGGUCGGCUUACCACGCAGCCACCUAACGGCCUCCUGCGCUCGGCCUGGGGGUUGGGGGACAGCCUCCAGGGAGGAAACAGCUGCUGUCAAGCCAUGCGGGCCGGGCACGGGGUCAGGAAGCACAGCGCAGCCGCCGGGAUGGGACACAGCCGCGCCCUGUGACGGGCCACCCCGGGACCCGAGGCAGGUGAGGAUCAAAGCAGCUGAAACAGUGCACCUGCCGGAGGGCGGCUCUGGGAUGGACCUCAGCUGCCGUAAGGAUGAUGGAGUAGGGCCAGCUCACACAGCUGCCCUGAAGACGGGGGUGAGGACGGAGGUGCCAUCUCCUGGGAGGAAUGUUCCGGGCCCACUGCUCUCCAGCCCUGCCUGGCCCUGCCCAGCCAGAGGGUACAGCUGUGUUGACCUCAAUAAAGAGGUAAACUGAGGCAAGCUCACAGAGAUUGAAAAAUGUUCACAGCUGCCUUGGGAUUGCUGACCCAAGAGGGUGCUGACCAAGAUGGGAUGCGCAGGCUUCUGCCGAAGGAGGCCCUGAAGCGUGGAGCGUGUCCUUGCCACCCGUCGAGGCCUCACACGCCCCUCACCAGACGGGGGACCCCUGCUUUGCAGCUACUGCGCUGGGGUUCCCGACACCAGGGGUUUCUUGGCCCAGUGCCUGGGCCGCUGUCCCCACUCUGCACGGCAGCUCCUUCUCGACCUUGGGUCUCGGCUAAAGCGUCCCCUCCUCAGGAGGCCUUCCCUGACGCCUGGCAUCCUCUGUUGGCUGGUUUUCUCAUCUGUCCUCUGUCCCUCCGCUGGACCAAGCUCUGUGGGGACCUCAUCCCCCCACCUGGCUCCUGCUGCACCCCCAGCUCCACGCCUGGGACCCGUCUGCUGUCUCCACCCAGCCCAGGACAGGGCAGAAGCACUGGCCACCUGAGUGCCGUCCUUACAUCCCCCCAAGGCCCUCUCACAGGCCCUGGGUGCCUUCCCUCCACCCUGGCCCAACCCCCACAGGGGCACAGUGGCUCUCACUGAAGGGGACACCGCCAGAGCCCUGUGCCUGAAAUCCCGCCCUCGUGCUCUUCCCUCUGGCUUGUCCCAAACACUCACGCGUGUCCGACUGUCUGGGCCCUGGGCUGGGUGUGGGGAGCACGGGCCCCCCCUGACUCGGAGAACUCACAGUGUGGGAGUGGAGGUGGGUGAGCCAGGGGACGAGCCCAGGUGCUCCUGAGGUUGCUGUGACAGGGCAGAAGCGGGGGUUGGAGGAGACGGUUGGAGCCCGGUCACAUGGAGGGGGUGUUUAGGGUGAGGAUCAGGGCUGGGGCAUCCUGGGGGGUGCCGGGUUUGGGAACGCCACUGUUCUCAGCGCCCACAGAGCCCUUUCUGUGGGAUGUUUGGAUGUCUCUGCAUCUAGCUCCUCUCCUCGUGCCCCAAGCCACCCAGGAGUCCCUGCUUCAGAGGCCUUGGUCUCCCUCCGCCUGUGACAGACGUUCACCAUGUGCCCGUCACCAGGUGUUGUGUCACACACAGCUCCCGUUCCAGUCACUUGAGAUACACAGACGCCUCACCACAGCCCUGUGAGGCAGACACCAUUAUAGCCCCAUUUCACUGAUGAGGAAGCUGAGGCCCAGGGAAACGGCGAAGCCCUGUCAUGUGGCUGCAGGGUCUAGACACUGCCUCAGGCGGCCUCUGUGGAGACCCAGGCCUGGGCCCCUCCCCCAGGCCAGGGGCCGCGUGUGUCCCGGCCUCGCGCUGACUACCCGCACCUGCUUCUCCUCCACGGCUCUGCCCCUGCUCUUCCUCCUUCCCCAGCUUUCCCCUGGUCCUGCCUUCAGCCCCACUCUUGGUCCCAGGAUGUCUGGCCCCUACCCCUCGCAGGGCUGCGUCCCUCCCUCCCUCAGUCACCUAGUACUUGGCAGGUAGCUCACCACCGCCCCUGCCCCACGACCCCGGGCUGCCCUCGCCCGGGUGCCACAGCUGUCCUGCUGUACGUCCUGCCCCCCUCAGCUUGUUCACUGCUCCCGCAGGGCUGGCGCAGUAGACCUGGCUCCCUGCCUCCUUUUCCCACAGUCCAUCUAAACCGGGGCCGUCCAGUAGUGCAGUAGCCACAGCACAUGUGGCUAUCAAAGCUAAAAAUUAAAUUAAAUUAUUAAUUAGUUGCUCAGUCUCCCCUGUUAAUUUCAAGCACUCAGUAGCCACACGUGGCUAGUGGCUGGUGUGCUGGACAGCCCAGGCCUAGACGUUUCCACCAUCACAAUGUAUGCUGUUGAACAGCUCUGGAAGCAAACAGGUUGAUCACCCUGAGGCAGAGGCUGACGGGGUCGCUCCACUCAGAGCCUUCGGUGGCCCAGGGCUGAGGCCAGUGUCAUCUCCCCCACUCCCUUUAAGGGGAGGCUGUGUGGGUCUCAGACCCUGGAGAGCACUGGGUUUGCACAGGUGAGCAGAGGAAUGUUCUACAAGUUGCUUUACCCUCUGAGCCUCAGUUUCCUCAUCUCUAAAAUGGGGACAAUAACUCCCACCUCUGAAGAUGGUUGUGAGGGUCAAGUUUAAGUAAAACUCCCAGCUGACAGCUGGCACAGAUUUAAACAUGAGCUGAGUGGUGACCAUUGUGUUAACAUGAAUAAGGCACGGCGGAGACAGCUCUCAAGGCAGGGGUCACAACAGCUGUGAACCUCGGUGCUGGACCGUGAGAGCCACUGCAGGCUUCUGAACACAAGCACCCCAUUGGCUGGUGCCCGAGGAUGACUAAUCUGUUUAGCCUCCGGUGCUGUCCAGAAGGGCAUUCUGGGAUGAUGGAAAUGUUCUGUGUCUUCACCCACUAUGGGCUUCUGGGGACCAGAAGCUGAUGUCCUGGGUGGGCCAGUGACCGGUGGGAAGCGAGGAAGAGGCCCCAGGGAGCCAAGGGCGGGUCCCCGCCUUGGGGACCAGCUUUCCCAGGCACAUGCUAGCCACUCCAUGGGAAAGUCCUCAGGCAGCUGGCGGGGCUGGGAUCAGGCAGAGUGGGGAGGGGUUUGGAAGAAGGAGAGAGGGCCAGGGUGCACAGGGGCUGGUUGUGGAGUAGCGGGGAGGGGGCGGGCUUCGCCAUGGAAAGGGCGCCUCAGACUGGGCAUUGGACUCAGCCUUCAGCCAGGCCCCCACCCUGGAGCCGAGCCAGCAGAGAGAGUGGGGCCGAGACCCUUGUGCCCAGGGAAGUGGCUGCAUGCCCAGUCUGGCUCGUCCAAGAAAUGGUCCCAGUGUAGGUCUGCCUCACCCUCAGGGCCUUGGUUUCCUUAUCUGUGGAUGGAAAAAGCAACAGCUGCUACCCCCACCCCCACCCCAUGGUACAGGUUUUGCCAGGACAUUCUGGUCGCCUGGGCAGAUGAUGUCCUAGGCUGGGGCUGGCCCCUUGAGCCGAUUCCCUCUCUCCGGGGAAUGCCAGGUGAGCAGAAUGCCUGGGGACUGAGGGUCAUGGUACACCAGACCCUCCCUCGGCCAAGCAAUUCAUGCUUAGCCUGGGAAAGGGCUCCCAAGUCUGCAGCCCCACUGGGCUCCAGGUCUACCUGUUGGCAGGUGCAGGAUGUUUGGGGAGUCUCAGUUUCCAUCUGUUUCUUCCCCACAAGCCCUGCGUGGCUGAGUGAGUAGCUUAACCUCUCGAAGACUCCAUUUCCUCAUCUGCAAAAUGGAGACAUAUGUGCCUUCCUUCGGGGUUGGCCCCGAGAAUCUGCCCCUGGUUUCUCUCCAGCCCUUGCAUCCACAGUGCCUGGCGCAUGGCAGGUUCUUGGUAGAGGUUCACCAGCAGCCUGGAUAGUGUGCUGGUUGUAGAGUGAUCCCGGGAUGUAGGCUCGUUUCUUGUGGAGCCUGACCGAUGGAUAUGAACCAAAGGAAUGAAUAAAACAAGGAGAGAUGAAGGAGUAAACACAGCAUCAGCUGUUUCUCCCAUCUUGCCAGAACUCUGGAAUCUUUGAUAUACUGUAGCCACCUCCUCUGCCCGUCUCCCCGUGUGGGAUCAUGGAACCUCACGUUGGAAAGACCCUUAUUUAGUUCCAGUCAGGGAAUGGUGGUUGUCACCUUCUGAUCCCUGAGGCUCUGAUUGACUCUGCUUAAGCCCAAGGAAGAACCCAGAAAUGGUAGAGGAAGCUCCAGGGAGGCUGAAUUAGGCCAAUAGUAAGAAUUUCUAACAGCCCAAAUGGUCUGGAAUGGGUGGUACUAAGAAUUGGACAAGCAGAGGCCAGAUGGGCACUUGGCAAGGGCACUGGUCUAGGGUGAAGGUUUGGACAAUAUUCUCAUUCCAGGGUCGUUCAAACCUUGGGGGAGGAGUCUGGACCCUCCAUGGGGCUCCAGAUUCCCCAGUUCUGGCCUUGGUUCUGGCAGUCAGAUGAGUCACUGAGAGUGCCCUGCAGGGUGGUGGAGUAAGCAGCCUCCCAGUUGGCCCAGCCCUUUAACAAAGCUGGCCAGGGGCAAGGCCUGGCACACGGAGAUGGCAGAGCUCUUCAGUAACACGGGGCAGAACUGGGAUGGGGUGGAAGGCAGACUUCAGUUCAAAGUCAAGAUGCCCUUUGAAGCAGAUGGGAGGCGGUGAGGGUCCAUCUGAAGGUUCUCUUGGGUUGGGGGUUGUAGAUGGGCCAGUUCCUGCCAGGAGUGGAGACUGAGGGUGGGCUGUGCAACCUCCAAGAUUCCCCCCAUGGGUAUUUCAAGAGCACCCUGAGCACCUGUUAGGUGUCGGAUCUGUUCACUGCUGCCCCUUCUCCCAGUUGGAGGAAUUGAGAGCCCCUCAGCUCUUGCGGAGCUGAGGGCACCAGGGAUCACAGCUGUCACCAGGGUGUUGUGAGGCAGGCGGGGAAGGGGGCCAGAGGGUGACAGAUAGGGGAAGUGGCUCUUAGCACAGAAGCUGCUGAACCACAGAGGAGGCUGGCAGGCGCCAAGGUGAGGCCAGCCAAGGGCAUCCCAGGGCCAAGCUAGGACCCUGGUCAGCGCAUGUGAGCUCAGGACCACGGAGAGCUCCACGGGAGCCUCCCGUCACCCGGUGACCGCUGUCAGGGUGCGUCUGCACCCGGGAGGCCGCUGCCCAUUUGGCUAGUCCCAAAGUCACAGCCUGUGGCCUCCAGGGAGCACCUGUCUUCUCUGCCCAGGAGCUCUCAUUGGACUCAGCCUGAGCCCAGAACCCAGGUUAUGACUGGGUUGUGGGGUUUGGGCUCAUCUGCUCUGUCUCUCCCCUCAUAAGCUUAUCAAGCAGAGCCCAAGGAAAGAGGUCACAGGAGAAGGGAGAAGUGGGAAGAGGGAGGCAAGGAAGAAAAUCUGCCAAGCUGGAACCUUCUGCACAUGGCCAUGGCUGCAAGUCAGUACAGAAAAAAAGGAGGCCCAAGGUAGGCUGGUCCUGCCACCAUCCUGGGUCUGGGUCAGCCUCCUGCAUCCCUGAUUAUCUGGCUACCAGGAAGCACCCGGCCCAUCCCCCAUUACCUUCACGCAGGCGACCCAGGCCCUGGGGCUGGGUGCAACUCACAGAGUGUGUGCAUAUCUGUGUGGAGGCCUUUUCUAGGGAGGCUCCCAGAGAGCCUCACAGUUCUUCCCUCCUUUCCUUGGAGCUUCAGGAAGCAGGGCACUUGUUUCUGAGCUUAUCCCCUAUCAGGCUAGGUUCUUUCCAGGCUCCACUGGAGCCCCCCACUCUGCUCCUUGCUGCUCUAAAACAAGACAGCACCCACGAGGGCCCAGGCCCUGCCUGGGGCUCAGCUCCAAGCCUUUGCACCAGCUGCGCCUCCACCUGAAGGCUCUCUCUACUUACUCUCCUUCCAGGCGGGAGAAUAACACUAGCGAUAAGAAGAACUAAAGCUUUGGGCUCUUAUGUGCUAGGGCCUUUACAUGGAUUAUAUUGGACACUCAUUUUUUAGAUGACCCAAAGGAGGGCAGUUAUUCAGCUACCUGGGGCCACACAGAUAGGAAGUGGCAGAGCCAGGACUGGAGGUGGGCAGCCUGGUUCUAAGGUCUGUGUGCACGCAAGCGACAGUGAGGCUGUGGAGGCGGCUCUGGUCCAGCUUCCCGCUGUUACAGCUCCCAGCCUCCGGGGCUCAUGUCCAGCUCGGGAGACAGACAUCCGGGGAGAUGGGCUCAGCAUGGCAAGCGCUGGGAAAGGGACAGGGGCGGGGCUGUGGAUGGGUCUCUCCAAUUCAGUGUCCCGUUUGAAGUGGUCAGGGCAGCGCUUAGAGGGAGGACCCUGCAGAGACAGAGCUGCCUCCAGCCGCCACUCUGCCGUUUACUGUCUCCAUGGAGGCUGUUGAGGGGUGGCCUCUGCCCCAGUUCAGGUUGGUCCAUCCCGAAGGUCCUGGAGCCACCGAAUGUGACUCCUCGCUCACACUCACAUCCAGGUCACUGGCAAAUCCAGCAGAAUCUGACUGCUUCCUGCACCCCUGCCUUUCGCCCAGACAGUGCAGUGGCCUCCUCGCCACUCCCCCUGCUCUGCCCUCGAGGCGACAGUCCACUGUCCGCCGAGCAGCCCAAGUGAGCCUGUUCGGACUGGAGGCUCUGCUCAGAAUCCUCCCGUGAAAGCUGCGGCCCCAGGGCCUGGGUGAUCCGGCCCACCUCCCUCCGCUCUGCCCUCCUGUGUUUCCUCGCUCGCUGGUGGCAGAUGCUCUCAUCCUGGGCGCUGGCUGUGCUGCUCCCCAGAACCCUCGUCUUCUGACCUCACGCUUCUCGGUGAGGCCCACCCUGGCCACACGAUUACCACUGAACCUGGCCCCUCCUAUGCUUUACCCUGUUUUAUUUUUCUCCAGAGCACAACUCUUUCUAACAUACCACACGAUGUGCCUCAGUCCCUUGCCCCACUCACCCCUGUGCCCGCUUCACGGGGUCGGAGUUCUUUCUGUCGUCCUCGUCCCCUGUGCUCAGGGCCAGCACAAUGCCUGGCACCCAGCGGGCUCUCAAUAAGUAGUUGCUGAGUGAUUGGAGGAGACCGGUUGGGUCUCCCCCUGCAGGGGGUCUUGUGGGUCAAAUGCAGUGGUGGCUGUUCCAUCCACUGGGUUGUCUUCACUGGUCACUGGUGGACUGUCCGUGGACCCUUAUCAUCCCAGUUGGGUUGAACUUGGCAGAUGAAAGGGACCCAGGACAGCUCUACCACUGGAUGAAAUCCCAUUAUUGACCCCACAGAAUCGAGUCUGACCCUUACUAAUUGUGCGUCACUGAGCAAGUUAUACCAUCUCUCUGGCCUCAGUCUCCUCAUCUGUAGAAUGGGGAGGACAAAGGUACCUGCUGUGUGUUGGGGGGAUUCAGUGAGGUCACGCAUGUAACGUGCUCAGGACAGUAGCUGGCCUGUGGGGAUUGGCGCCCAUCAGCUUUAUCGUUACACCUGCUGGACAAAGCUUUAUAACAGAAAGGCCAGAGCUGGGGCCUCAUUUGGUUCCAUGGCUUUAGCCCACGGCCAGGCCAGCUGCUCCAGGGAGGGCUACGGUCUCAGCUGUGAGGAGGGAGAGGCUGGCUCGGGAACAGAACUUAUGGUCAGGUCCUGAUUCAGUCACCUCCUUGAUGUCCUUUGGGGAAAGUCUCAUCAUCUCUCUGAGUCUCAGUUUCCCCACCUGUAAAAAUGGGUCGAUCACAGUCCUCAGUCUCCCAGGGUGGGUGAGACUUACAUGAGACCCCGGGUGCCAAUGCUUAUUUGUUUAUUAGGUUUCUUAUCUAUAUGCCACUCAGUCUAAAAAAUGUGUUUGAAGCACUUAUCAAAAUACUUGACGAUAAGAUAAAAAGGGAUCGGGCCAAGAAGAAUAAGUUAGAAAAACACAGGCGGCUGUGUGUGAAGGUGCCUGUGAGGCACUGGCUUGCUCUGGGCCCACCACCGUGCACCUGUGAGACUCCUAGCGGCCCAAGCAAUGAGGGAGGCACACUCGGGUCCAUGAUUCUUGACAGCAAGCCAGGCUGGGCCUUAUCAAACAGCCUCACCCUGAAGGGCUCAGUGAUUAAGGGGGGGUUGCAGGCACUGGUGAGUCUGUCCUCCGAAGGGCACAGCUGGCCAAUUGUAACUAGAUCCUGAAAGCCAGCCUGACCAGGGAGCCAAGGGGCAGCUGGGUCAGUGUGACCUCAGCAGGGCCACAGGGCCCCUUUGCUCUAAGCAGGGCGUUCACUUGCCUCCCUGAGUUUCUCUUACCUUCCUAGGGCCUCUGUUCACUGCUGCCAGGGGAUCUAGUCUGAGCGGCAGCCCCGGCCUUGCCCUUUACAGCUCACGGCCAGUGCAGUCCAGCAGGGGCUGGGAUUGGGGUGCCCCGCAGAGACAGGUCCUAAGUGAGCAAAAGUAAUCCGCCAGAAGGAUCGGGGGUGUCUUGGCAGGUCUCAAAAGCCCUUGGGUGGGUCACUCUGGAGGCUUCUGCUGUGCUGACCUCAGUCUGCAGUGUCGCCUUGUGCCUGGUCCACCCCCAGCAAGAGCUCCUAUCCGCCUGCCUGUAUUAGGCCUCAGCUCUUUGCCCCUCCACUCGCCCUGAUGGCCUGGCCCGCCUGGUCUCACUUUGCCAGAGCAAGGCUGGAAUCCAUGGUGGGGACAGGAGCCUGGAAGACCCACUUCAAAAUGUUGCCAAGGAGCAGCCCUCCCUCCCACCUCCCCCAAAGCCAGCAGAGGUCAGGCCCCCACCCCCGAUUGUCCUGCCUCCUGUAGUCAGCUGUGUCGGACCCCACUGGCAGACUCCAGGGGAUCAGCAUUUAAACUGCAGGAGGGGGACAUCUGGGGCCUGAGAGCACAAGUACCACCCCUCAGCGGGAUCGGCGACUCGACUGCUCCUCACUAGUGUGCUCAGGACUCCUCAUCAAGGAUGAAGAUGAGACGCUACAAGCUCUUUCUCAUGUUCUGUAUGGCCGGCCUGUGCCUCAUCUCCUUCCUGCACUUCUUUAAGACCCUGUCCUAUGUCACCUUCCCCCGAGAACUGGCCUCCCUCAGCCCUAACCUGGUGUCCAGCUUCUUCUGGAACAAUGCCCCGGUCACGCCCCAGGCCAGCCCGGAGCCGGGUAGCCCUGACCUGCUGCGUACCCCGCUCUAUUCCCAUUCGCCCCUGCUCCAGCCUCUGUCACCAAGCAAGGCCACGGAGGAACUCCACCGGAUGGACUUUGUGCUGCCCGAGGACACCACCGAGUACUUCGUCCGCACCAAAGCCGGGGGCGUCUGCUUCAAGCCAGGUACCAAGAUGCUGGAGAAGCCGCCAUCCGGGCGGCCAGAGGAAAAGGCGGAGGCGGGCGAUGGCACAUCGGCGCGGGGCCCGGGCCGCCAGCUCUUAAGCACCCGGGAGCGGCCCGGGGGCCGCAGCGCGCGGCGCAAGUGGGUGGAGUGUGUGUGCCUCCCGGGCUGGCACGGACCGAGCUGCGGCGUGCCCACCGUGGUGCAGUACUCCAACCUGCCCACCAAGGAGCGCCUGGUGCCCCGGGAGGUGCCGCGGAGGGUCAUCAACGCCAUCAACAUCAACCACGAGUUCGACCUGCUGGACGUGCGCUUCCACGAGCUGGGCGACGUGGUGGACGCCUUCGUGGUGUGCGAGUCCAACUUCACCGCCUACGGGGAGCCGCGGCCGCUCAAGUUCCGCGAGAUGCUGACCAACGGCACCUUCGAGUACAUCCGGCACAAGGUGCUCUACGUCUUCCUGGACCACUUCCCGCUGGGCGGGCGGCAGGACGGCUGGAUCGCCGACGACUACCUGCGCACCUUCCUGACCCAGGACGGCGUGUCGAGGCUGCGCAACCUGCGGCCCGACGAUGUCUUCAUCAUCGACGACGCGGACGAGAUCCCCGCGCGCGACGGCGUGCUCUUCCUCAAGCUCUACGACGGCUGGACGGAGCCUUUUGCCUUCCAUAUGCGCAAGUCGCUGUACGGCUUCUUCUGGAAGCAGCCGGGCACCCUGGAGGUGGUGUCGGGCUGCACGGUGGACAUGCUGCAGACGGUGUAUGGGCUGGACGGCAUCCGCCUGCGCCGCCGCCAGUACUACACCAUGCCCAACUUCCGCCAGUACGAGAACCGCACGGGCCACAUCCUGGUGCAGUGGUCACUGGGCAGCCCCCUGCACUUCGCCGGCUGGCACUGCUCCUGGUGCUUCACGCCCGAGGGCAUCUACUUUAAGCUGGUGUCCGCCCAGAACGGCGACUUCCCCCGCUGGGGUGACUACGAGGACAAGCGGGACCUCAAUUACAUCCGGAGCUUGAUCCGCACCGGAGGCUGGUUCGACGGCACGCAGCAGGAGUACCCGCCGGCCGACCCCAGCGAGCACAUGUAUGCCCCUAAGUACCUACUCAAGAACUACGACCGGUUCCGCUACCUGCUGGACAACCCCUACCAGGAGCCCAAGAGCACAGCGGCCGGUGGGCGGAGGAACCAGGGUCCCGAGGGAAGGCCACCUGCCAGGGGCAAAUUGGACGUGGUUGAAGGCUAAGGCUGCAUGAUCUUCUAGGGCCAGUGGCGCGGGGGGUGGGUGGGGGGGUGGGCAGCUGCCCCUCUGUGAUCUUCCUGCCUCCUCUGCCCUCUGGGUGGUUCUUAUGAGGACCAGGAGUGGAGGGAUGGGGGGAGUCUUUCCUACUCAAGCCUUUGUGAAUCCAGGGUCAGGGCUGUGAGCUCAGAAAAUAUCCUUCCUUGUCAGGGGAGGAGAGCAGGCCCUUCUGCCCCCCAAAGAGUGCUGCAGCCAGGAGGAGCCAGCGGAGAGUUGCUGGGGAGCAGGGGAGGGUGGGCAGGGGGGGAAGGGAGCCUGCGGUAACUCCCUAGGGCAACCAAGUGGGAACUGCGGUCCUCUCUGCAGAGAAGCCCACCAUGUGGCCUCCUGGGGCUUUGGACCCGAAGCGGGAAAGGGGAGAUGCCAGGAGAUCCCAGGCUCUGUAAGUAGAUGCGUUUGGGCCCAGGAGGAAGAAGGGACACCAGGGUGGGAGGGGACGCAAAACGGCAGCUGAGAGGAAGCGCCGAUGGGUGCUUUGUAGUAUCCUCAGGAGUGCGGGGCCAGAGGGAGCAGCGACCUCCAGCCACCUGCCCCAUAGGACGCACUGCACGGAUGGCCCUGUGCCCCCCAGCCCCUCCAGAUCUGACACAGGCGUGGGGCCUGGGGAAGCCCGGGAAGUCUUCCUUUUGGUUCCAAACCUGGCCUUGACAUUCCUUCUUCCUUUUUAUAUUGCUGUCUGGUGGGCUGCCCACCCAGUCCUUGCAAGGCCAAGAGUCUGUUCUCAGGGUGGGAUGGGACCGUCAGCCAGCCUAGUAGGUCAGACCCGGGGGGGAGGAGCCUCCUCCUCCCCAUCACCCCUUCCCACUGGAACCCACAGCCCCAGCCCUCCACCGUCUCAGAUGGAGUCACCAUGUGCCCCUCCUUGGAGCUGGCUAGGGGCCAGGAAGGGGCCACGAGGCUGCCCUGGGCCCAAGAGGGACGUUAAGGCCAGUUGUGUGUUGUCUCAUUCGUUAGUUGCCUCGUGGGGGAGGGGGACGUAUUUGUUAGAAUAGAUUCCAAGCUGCUGUAAUUGAGACCCCAAAAUACAGUGGUUUAAGCAGACAGAAACUUGUUUCUAACUUAGCUGUCUCGAGGGAGGUGGUCUGGAUCUGGUAGAGCAGCUCUGCUUUCCUUCAUCAUACCUUCCAAUUCUGGGUGGAGUGGUUGCUCGAGCUCCCACCAUCACAUGUGCACCCAUGUCUGGGGGAAGGAGAAAUAGGCAUGGGAAGUGCACACCCUUUCUGUUAAGAGCAUGAGCCAGAGAUGGCACAGUCACUUCUGAGGGCAUCUCACUGGCCAGGACUUAAGUCACAUGGCCGCAAGUAGCUGCAAGGGAAGUGGGAAAAGUAGUUUUCAGCUGGGCUGCCCCGUUCAUUUAUUCAAGGAAGGAGGAGAGGAUGGAUAUGGGGACAAGGAGCAUCUCUGGCACGGGGGGAGGAGGGGAGAGGGUAGAAAUGACUUGCAUUUGUAGAUGCUGCCUGCAUGUUCAGAGCUUCUGAAACAGCCUGCCUCUGCCCCCCUCACUGCCUGUCUAGGGCUGGGGUGCAGUGAGAGCCUGCAGUUGUGGGCAGGGAGAGAUGCCUCUCAGAUGUUUACCCAGUGAUGCCGGGAUGCAGAGCUUGCCCGUGGAAUGGUACAUGUUCGUGCGUGCGUGUGUAUUUAUGGGCAUGGGUGCAUGCUUGGUGUGUACUUGUAUGUGUCUGUGUCGGUGUGUCCCUGUACAUAUAUGCUUGUGUGUGGAUGUGGGAGCAGGGUCCAGGCCUCCCCUUCCCGGGACCUAGAGCCUGUGGCCACGCCUCCUGCAAUUCCCCAAAAUGACUGAGGCAGGAAGCAACUUUGGGAGCCCAGAAAGCCAGACUAAAGGGGAUGUGGGGUCCAUCUGUCUGUCUUUCAGUCCAAGGAAUGAGAAUCCUCCCGACCUGAGGGCUGUACAGCUGAGAGCCCACGACCUCCUGGCCCCUUCCCUCCACCCCAGCCCCUCCAGUUGCCAGCUGGGACUUUCUCAGUGUGUCUUCUUGGGGGUUUCCUGAUGGGCCGGGAGAGGAGGGCAUCUCCUUUGCCACAGCUCCAUCUGGAGAGGUGCCCUGCACGGCUAUGGUCUGGGGAGCUGCCCGCAGAGCAGCCUCACGCGGGCGGGCAUGAAGCAGGCUGGGAGGGCUCUAUUGCCCCCACUCCCCCUCCUGUCAAGGAGGGGUCCCAAGGGGACCCCUCCCUUGAAGUGACAGCAGUCCCCCUCUCUCUGGCCCCUCUUGGGGCUGAGAAAUGGCUCAAGAGGUCAGGGUGUCCCUGUAGCUCCGGAUCACCCAGACCAGGGCUUGCCCUCCCAGCCAGCUCGGCUCACCCCCUGGGUGGGCGCCUCUGGGGGCUUCUGACUUGUGCCUGAGCCCCAGCUCAGGACCUCCCUCCUUAACAGGGUCCUCACCCCAUGUCCCUGGCGCCCUCUGCUGCUGCAGGGAUACCCCCUCUCCAGAUUGGCAGGGGUCCCUGGCCUCCAGUUCACCAGCUCAGGGGUAGAGGAAGGAAGAGGGGAGGAGCUCAGACCUGCCAGGCCCCACCUUCCCUCCAGACCCAGGAGGACUGGGCACGUCCAUGGUCACUGUGAAGUGGAGUCCUGGCCGUGGAGUGGAGCGUACAGCUGUCAGCGGGGUGGGGGACCAAGGCAUGGGGUUGAAGAGUUUCACUUAUAGUCACAUCAUACACUGGGAAUUUCAGGGGCAGGGGAGCCCUGGGCCACUUCCCCAAUAUGAAGGGAAACCAAACUGUGAAUGUGAGCGCCAGUGCACUGCUGGCCCUGUCGCCGUAGCCAGCUUUCCUUCCCUGGGAACCACCGGCCCUAUGGCCUCCAGACUCAAGGAGGCCCAGCACACCCUCAGGUCAUGUUGGUUCCCAUGGGCAGGUGUGGAAGAACUUUGGGGGCAAAGGUGACAGUCGGGGUGGGGAGAUGGGACUUGCUCAAGCAGCAGGCAGGGCCCUGGGAAAUGUGUAAUUUAAGGACACCAAUAAUAAUAAUAUUAUUUUUUUUGUAAGGGAAAAUCAAUAUGUACAUUCUGAAAUCAUUUUCUCUGUAAAUGGUUGGAUUUCAUUUCACCCUUAAAGGGAUGCUUAAAGGAGAAGAUAAUAUUAAUAAUAAAAACAGCUAC